AACACUUGCGUCAGUUGAGAAUUUCACUUCGAUCAAGUUAGACACUCGGCGCUGUGGUCACACCAGAGUUCGCAAUAAUUCCAAAAAAUAUUUCCAACAUCGUUUUAGUGUACAGUUUUUAAGUGUUUUCAAAAAUAAAAUGGCUCCCCGCAACAAGGAACAAGAACAAGAAGUCCUCAACUGGAUCUUCGCUGUGUUGGGCGAGAAAGUACCCGCCGGCCAAUACGAAGAUAUACUCAAGGAUGGCAUUGUCCUCUGCAAGUUGAUCAACAAACUGGCUCCCGGCUCGGUGAAGAAAAUCCAGGAGCGUGGCACCAACUUCCAGCUAAUGGAAAACAUUCAACGCUUCCAAGCGGCGGUCAAGAAAUACGGUGUGCCCGAAGAGGAAAUCUUCCAAACAGCCGAUCUGUUCGAACGUCGUAAUAUUCCACAAGUGACGCUGUCGCUGUACGCUCUCGGACGCAUCACUCAGAAGCACCCAGAAUUCACUGGUCCCUCACUAGGCCCCAAAAUGGCCGAGAAGAAUGAGCGCGAAUUCACCGAGGAGCAAUUGCGCGCUCACGAGGGACACCUCAACCUGCAGAUGGGCUACAAUAAGGGUGCCUCACAGUCGGGCCAUGGCGGUUUCGGCAACACGCGCCAUAUGUAAGCAGCCGCUGGAGAGUUUCCUAAUGUACCUAUAUGUAGUCAGUUGAUUUGGCGUUGUUUUUCUAUGUAAAAGCAUAAAUUUUUUUCUUACUUUUUGUUUAGCUAACUUUUUUAAUUGAAAGGGCAUUAUUUUUGGGGCAUUUUCCUUUAGUC